GACCAGGGACGGUCAAGCGCGGACCGCCGCUUGCUCCUUCGGCAGGGUUUGGUAUGCAGCCUGGCUUGAUGGGUCCGCCUGGAACUGUCAUGAGGCCUCCAACUGGGGCGCGAUUGGGAACGAGCAUGAGGAUGGGUACAGCCAUGCGGCCUGGAUCCAGAGCUGGUUUGGGUCCACUCAAUACAAACAUCCAAGUAGCAGAACGGCCCGUCACGCAGCAAGGCAUGAUGGGCAUGAAGGCAACAGUGCAGGGACCAGGCCGACAGAUCGCUGACAAGACCUACUACAUGGGUGAGCUGCGGAAGAAGUGCGACGAGAUGCAGUCUGAGAUCAGAAAGAUGAACACCGAGGUGGAGCAGUACAACAAAGACAACCAAAUGUACAACCAGAUGGAACGGAAGUAUGAAGUUCUCAUCAAGGACGUGCGGAAGCUGCAAGGAGACCUGGCAGACUUGAACCUCAUUGUUGACAAGUCGCGCAACAACACCGACCCACAAGACAUAGCCAACGCGUUUCAGGCCCUGAAGGGAAAGAACGAUGCAGAUCGAAAGAGGGUGGAUUACCUUUUCCUAGAGUGUCAAGCGAAGGAGAAUGAAAUUCGUAGCAUCGAGCAGCAAUGUUCUGAAUUCCAGAAAAAGGCGGAGGAGAAGCUGAACUCGCUCCCUGCCGAGCAGCGGAUGCAGUACGCACAACUCCAAGAUGACUACAAGAGGCUCCUUGCAGAUGUGGAGCAGAAGCAGUUGACAUACGACAAUCUCUGCAGACAGCUGUCGGCAGGCGAGGAAGCGCUGAUGGCUGAACCGCUGAAGCAGAGAUUGAACUCGAUCCAGGAACAGAAACUCAAACAGUUGGAACAGAAGCGGAACCUUGAAGCAGAGCUGAACAAGCCGGUGAUGAGUGAGGAGGAGGAGAGGGAGAUGUUGCUAUCACAAGUCAAAGAAGACAACAAACAGAUCAAAAUCACAGAGCGAAACAUGGAGGAGAUCAACUCGCGAGUAAGGCAAGUGCAUCAGGACCUUGAGGAGCUCGAGAAGGGUGGGGGAGUGAAAGAGUCGGAGGAUGCAAAGAAAUAUCAGAAGUUGCGUGAGAAGGACCAGGAGAUGACGGAAUUCAUAGAGAAUUUCGAUCAAAAACAUUCAAAGGAGUUGACGACAGUCAAGGAGAUUGAGACGAGAAUUUUCAAACUUCUUGAACAUAUCAGUAAGGACCUUCAGCGCCAGCAGCAGCUCCCGAGCAAGGAGAACUUUCAGGACCUGCAGGAUGAAGUUGCCGUGAAGCAAAGAGGGUUGGAAAACUCUCAGUCAACAGCAGAGAGAUUAAGGCAGGAGAAGAAAAAUCGUGAUGCGGAGCUUGAGAAGAUUGUUAAUUUGGAUCAGAAAAUCAACGUCGAGCUGACGUCCCUGAGAGAGAAGAGCGAGCAGAUGAAGCAAGAGCUCGAAGUCUUCAGCGACAUGAACAAGCUCAAGAAGGAUGCUGAGUCCAACAGGGUGGCAAUGACCGCAAAGAAAGCCCAGCUUGACUCCAGGAGAAAGGCGCUGAAGCAGCAGGUUCAGCUCCUCUCCACCGACUUCGACAAGUGCAAGCAGGACCUUGCGACCAACGAGUUCGCAGGCUCGCUCGAGGCUGCUGAGCAGAAGCUGCGUCACUACGAGCAGAACAUUUUCCAUCUCCGCGAAUUCAUCGACAGCAAGGAGGCGGAGACAGAUUAUGCUUCUGUGUACGAGGAGGUCAGCUCGCAGGUGGCAGAGAUCAACACCAUCCUCCAGGCGAAGCACUUGACCCCCUUCUGAGGAGGAGGAAGAGGAGAAAGUUAUUCAUCGUCGUCCUCUCCUUUCGGCUUAUCAUCGGCCUCUUCCUCUUCCGGGGGAGAAACCGAAGCCUGCGAGGAGCAAACUUGUAAAGAAAGUGAAAGACAAACAGGCAUG